AUGUCUUUUCCAGCCUCUCAUACUUACGUCCCGGCCACGGCACCAGCUAAGCGUGGCCCUUCUCUUCGAGUCAACACCUCUUCCUCCGAAUAUGGCGAGAAAGCGGUCUACCGAAAAACCCUCCGGAUUGCCAACCUGUCUCUCUCUGCCGCCAUCGAAGAAGUUUCCAAGCAGCCCCUACCGGAAUAUGACCCUUACUCACAUGAGCGAGCGCAAUUUUCUAGCUUCGCCUUAGAGCACUCGGGCGAUGAGGGUCGAAUGGACUACCUCCACUGGAAGAUGGUGCACAACUGCCGCCCAGGGAGUAUUUGGGCCAUGUGCGGUUGUGAAAACCCCAUCAUCGAACUGGGCGAGGAUGAGGAGCCCUUGACAAAUGAGGAGUGGAACCGGCGACUGUAUGAUGACCAGAUCCCAUUUGGUCUUCAAACGAACCACGUGCCUUCGACAGCGAACAUCAACACCGCAAUACUGACGGAUUACAACGGACCCGACUCACAGUCUGGCUCUUUGCAGUCAUUGCAGGAGGCUGAUAUGGGAACCAUUGCACUUGAUCAGCAGCAUCUGCAACAGGAUUGCGAUGGGUCGCCAAGUUUGGAUCGGUCUGCCCCCUCGGAAUCGUUGAGUCCUCUCGAUGUGAAUCCAGUCGAGCCUUCGCUUCAGAUGCCCUUCCCGUCUGAGCUACAAGCAUCAUCUACAGACCUAUCUGGUCAGCCCGCGCCCCAACCCGAGCCCUCACUUCAAGUGCCCUUUCCUUCUGAGCAACAAGCAUCUUCUAUAGACCAACCUGAUCAGCCUGCGCCCCAACUGAAUGGGAAUGCCGAAGAGUUUGUCCCAAACCUUCGGGGAGGUUAUACUCGAACCGAUCGCGAUGCAGAAGGAGGGCGCUUAGCGUGUUCUAAGAACAAGUUGCAGAUGCACUUAGGCCUGUGGGUUUUGAUAAUUGUCUGCGCGAUUGGAGCCCUGGUAAUGCUCAUUUUCUUGAUCAUAUUCUACACUAACCGGAAGCUUCUUUCUAGCUGA